AGAGGACUGAAGGAAUGUCACUCACUCUGUGGUUUUGUUUAUAAAUUCUUCAUCUAAACGAUAAAUCCUGGUUUUAUUUUUUUCUUUAUUUAUGUUCAUAUCAGUAAAUAAUUAGAAGAAUGCACCCAAUCAAACGGAUAUAAAGCAUAUCAGCUGCCGGUCCUUCUACCCUUCAACCGAAAUUUCCUGAUGACCAAAAAUUGUUUUCGCAAAUUUUCCCAAAAUUAUCCAUAUUUCUUCAAUGUAAAGUGCUGAAAGUGUGCUUGUGGCUGUUAUCUGUUAGUGAUAGGCAAAUGGAGCUAGUUAGAACUUUCUGGCUAUGCCUUUUGUUGCUUGGAAGACAAAUCAUUGGAAGAGGUAACACUGAUAGUGUUUCAGCGAUGCAACCGAUUACUCUGAUUUAUUCAACGACAAAAGACAUCCGACUGAUAACGUCGACGUUUUCCCACAAAAAUACGAAAAUCAAACCAACCACAAUCAUCAAAAACUUCACUUACAUAUCAGCGGUGGACUUUCAUUACGAUUACCGGCAAAUUUGUUGGGCAGACCACGAUCUGGAGAGCAUUCAUUGCGCGUCCCUCAAUGGGACUCAAGCAGAAAAUACUACUGAGAUAGUGGCCAAUGUUUUGUCGCCUGAUGGAUUGGCCAUCGAUUGGUUUACGGACAAUAUCUAUUGGACGGACUGUGAAACGAACAGGAUUGAAGUGGCCUCAUUGGAGGGCAAGCACCGGAAAGUCUUAUUUUGGACGGAAGUUGACCAGCCAAGGGCCAUAGUUGUAGUGCCGAUGAAAGGGUUUCUGUUCUGGACCGACUGGGGAGAAGUGCCAAAAAUUGAGCGAGCUGGCAUGAACGGUGACCCAAAAUCCCGCAAAGUUAUCGUUUCUGAACACAUCCACUGGCCCAAUGGGCUGACCGUUGACUAUGACUCGGAAAAAAUUUACUGGAUUGAUGGCAAACUUUUAUUCAUCAAAGUAAUGGACUUUGAUGGAAAAAGCGUAUCAAUAAUCCUGCAAACCGCCUCCGAGUAUCCAUAUGCCCUAACGCAGUCCUACUCCAAGUUAUUCUGGACUGACUGGAAAAGCGUGGCCAUUUUCGACUACUCCAAAUUGGAAACUUCCUCCCAACAACCGAUGGAAUUUCAAAUGGGCACCCAUCCCAUGGAUAUCAAAGUAUUCGAGAGACAACGACAACCUCAAGGGCCGAAUCCUUGCGAAAAUAAUGCUGGAUGUUCGCAUUUGUGUCUUCUAUCGCCCGAUCCUCCCUAUUACACCUGUGCUUGUCCCAUAGGAAUUAAACUUAUUGAUGAGAAAAACUGCGCCAGUGAGCCGCAGGAAUUGCUAGUGGUAGCCAGACGAACGGAUAUUUGCGUGAUUUAUCUAGAUUCUCCUGAUUACAGCUACAAAGUGAUACCUUUGGGCGAUGUAAAGUAUUCAAUAACUGUUGAUUUUGAUCCCGUGAAAAACUACCUGUACUGGUCGGAUGAUGAAGUGAAAAAAAUUCAGAAAUCCAAGCUGAAUGGUUCCGAUCAGCAAGAUGUAAUUGUGACGGAAAUUCAAAAUCCCGAUGGAAUUGCGCUCGAUUGGAUUUCCCGGAACAUUUACUGGACGGAUACUGGCACGGAUCGCAUCGAAGUGGCCCGAUUGGAAGGAGGUUAUAGAAAAGUGAUUAUUGGCGACGGUUUGAUAGAUCCCAGAGGAAUCGCCGUUGCCUCAGAACUGGGUUGGCUAUUUUGGUCGGACUGGAACGAGAAAGACCCCAAAGUGGAACGCUCAAAUUUGGACGGUUCAAUGCGCGUUUACAUCGUUCAAGAACACUUGGGCUGGCCAAAUGGAAUUACUCUGGAUUUGAUAAAAAUGAAGAUAUAUUGGAGCGACGCUAAAUUUGAUCGUAUCGAAUUUGCCAACAUGGAUGGGACCGAUCGGCAAACUUUAAUCAAAGAAAAUCUACCUCAUCCAUUUGGGUUCAGUCUCAUGGGAGAUUAUUUAUACUGGACCGACUGGCAACGACGCUCUAUCGACCGAGCAGAUAAAGAUAGAGGAGGAAACCGACAAGUCAUUGUCGAUCAAAUGGAGAACGUGAUGGGGCUGAAAGCGAUCAAAUUAUCGGCUCCGAUUGGCUGGAAUGUUUGUUCAGAGAACAAUGGCAAUUGUUCCCAGCUGUGUUUUCAUAGGCACAAAACAUCGCGCUUAUGUGCCUGCGAAAUUGACUACGAAUUGGCCAGAGACAUGCAAAAUUGCAUCAAACCAGAAGCAUUUUUGCUUUACACGAAAAACACCAGCAUCGGAAGAAUUAGCAUUGAAAACGAACCGAUUGAAAAGAGUUUGCAUAUACCGAACAUUCGGCAUGCCAGCUCAAUAGAUUUCGAUAUUAACUCCAGGCGAAUUUACUGGAGCGACUCCAAAGCGCGCACUAUUAUGAGAGCCUUCAUCAACGGCUCUGAGCCGCAGAAAGUGAUUGAUUUAGGUCUGGCAUAUUCCGAGGGAAUUGCGGUGGAUUGGCUAGGCAUGAACAUCUACUGGACCGACCCGAUUUCGCACAGAAUUGAAGUGUCCCGCUUAGUGGGCAGAUCUAGGCGAACAUUGUUAUGGGACGAAGUCUACGAACCCCACAGCAUUGUCCUGGACCCGGCUUCGGGGUACAUGUACUGGUCGGAAUGGGGCCAGUCGAAUCUCAUAAAAAAGGCAGCAAUGAACGGAUCCAAGCAACGAAAACUGCUGUCCACUAUUGGAAAAGCCACAGGACUUACAUUAGACUAUGAGAAAAAAAGAUUAUAUUGGAUCGAAAUUGACGCUCCAGCCAUUUGGUCUGCUGAUUUAGACGGAAAUAACAAGAAAACCAUUAUCCAGGAUUCGACUUUAACCCCCCGUAGAUUGGCGCUCUAUAAGGAGCACAUAUUUUGGAGCGAUGGGAAAACAUCUGACAUCUAUAAAGCGCUGAAAAACUCCGGUUUGGGCAUAGAAAAAGUGGCGACCCUUUCAGAAAAUAUCACCGAUAUUCUAGUGUAUCACAACAUGAAGCAGAACCAGACCAAUCAAUGUGCCACUAGUAAUGGGGGAUGUUCGCACUUGUGCUUGGCGUUGCCUGCCGAUAGUCCGGCAGAACACACAAAAUAUACUUGCGCUUGUCCCACUCAUUAUUUCCUCAACAACAACGAAUGUUCGCCUCCGGUAAGCUUCAUGAUCUACGGCUUGAAGAAUUUGGUGGUUCGUUUAGUGCCGGAUACUUCUGACUGUCCUGAAGCGGUUCUUCCCGUACAGGGCCUGAAGGCCGUACGAGCGAUCGAUUUCGAUCCCAAAAAUAACGCCCUGUAUUGGAUCGACGCAAAGCUUCAUGCAAUUAAGGUUUCCAACAUAAUAACACCCGAUACCAGUGUGUUUGUGCCGGGUGGUCACGAUAUUAAGCCCUUUGAUAUUGCAGUGGAUUCGAUAGGGCGGCUUUUGUUCUGGACGUGCGCUUUGCAGAAUGUCAUCAAUGUGACCAGGCUGGACAACACGAACUCUUUUGGAAGCAUAAGGAGCGUCGAAGGGGAGAAACCGAGAUUGAUUGUGGUGCAUGUGACUAAAAGGCUGCUGUUCUACACCAACGUGGCUGACCAAAAUCAGCUCAUACGGGCCCGGCUGGACGGAUCGCAUAGAAUCGUGAUCACGAAGUCCGACGACAACAUUUCGGCUAUUGCUGUGGAUACUGAGAACGACUUCAUUGUGUGGUCGCAAGGGCAUAGUAUUUACAUCAGCAAUAUCGACGGGGAAAAUAAGCAUGUCGUAGUGAAUGAGAGCCAUUUCAAAAUUACUCACCUCACUGUUCACGCUGGAUGGCUGUACUGGAUCGACAAGGACCUGAAUCAGCUGCAACGGCUGGAAUUGACCACCGGCAAGUCCAGGUCCACUCUAGCCAUCCAGGCGUCCCACAUUGUCGACUUUAUUUCGGUGCAACAGAUUCGCAGUCAUAGUUGCGGCGAUACGAAGAAUCGGUGUUCGCAUUUUUGCAUUCUAAAUGGCACGACGCCACAUUGCGCGUGUCCUAAUGGCAAGAAGCUGCAAGAAGACAGAAGAUCCUGCCAAACCAUCCCGAAUUGUGGCGCCGAGCGUUUUUCCUGCACAGUGGCCUCAUCUGACACCAAAGACUGCAUUCCGAUUGCCUGGAGAUGUGACAGACAAAAGGACUGCUCGGACGGCAGUGACGAGCUGAACUGUCCCAACUGCGAGGUCAAUCAGUUCCGGUGCCAAGAUGGGCAGUGUAUCGAUAAAUCGUUGAUGUGCAACAACAUGGACGAUUGCCUGGACAGAUCGGAUGAGAAGAAUUGCUGCGACAACGGUUUCCAAUGUCCACAAACUGAAGUUUGUCUGCCCGCCUCCUUGAAAUGCGAUGGAACGGAAAACUGUGCCGACGGCUCGGACGAACAAGGCUGCCCAGCAGAAACAUCCAAAUUUCGAACCUUUGUAGUGGUUAUCAUAUGUUUGAUGUGUAUUGGAGUUGUGGCAUUCCUGAUCUACAAGCGGGUGAAACCGUGCGCCCCACAGCAACUGGUUGCUGAACCUCCCGAGGACAGUUUGAGUCCAUUGGACCCAAAUAGUCACAAUAAGAACAUCACAUUGAGGCGAGGGAUCCCGGAUGUUGUCCGGAUGUCGAUGAUGACUGAGAACUAUCCGUCAACGUACGAACGAAGACACAUCACGGGGGCUUCUAGCAGUUCCAACACGAAUGCCUCCAGCAACGCAAGUUAUCCGAGGGAGACUUUAAAUCCUCCACCUAGUCCGGCAACGACAGUGCCUUCUACUAGAGCCAGUAGUCCAAGUUCGAGGUACAGGCCUUACAGGCACUACAGGACAAUAAAUCAGCCUCCGCCGCCCACCCCAAACUCGACAGAUGUGUGCGACGAGAGCGAUUACAACUACCCGUUAAAUCGAAGCGCAUACGAGGGCCCCAUUCCGCCGCCUCCAACUCCCCGAUCUCAUUAUCACCAGGAAAGUUGCCCCCCAAGUCCCAGUUCGCGAAGUUCCACAUAUUUCAGUCCGUUUCCUCCGCCGCCCAGUCCUGCAGCGAGUCCGCGCGGCGAUUCGGACUUCUAGGACUUAAACUAGUUGGUAAAUCAACAAAAUCAUCAUUUAUACCUCAUUAAAGUUUAGUAUCAUUUUAGUUCAUUAGGUUUUAAUUUAUUUUCACUCAUUCGACAUGGAAAUGCAGACGAAAACGUCGUUUAGUAUCUCAGAAGGGUGCAAUUUACUAUCGAAUUAAGACUUUGCCAAAUUAGAAUUACUGUUUCUAGGUAGCUAAAGAACUGUUUAGUUUUAGUUAAGUUUUAACUUGUUUGUCUGGAAAAUUAUUUCAGGUCUAUAUUUUUAAACGACUUAGAUGGCAAAUGUUGUUGAUAGAUUGUUUGUCGCCGUUGCGUUAUGUUUGGCUGAAAAACACGCACACGAAGGUAAUGAUUAAUCAUUGUUUGACAAUAAUGUGAUAGCUUUUUAGAUCUUAUGACCCGCUAAGGUUUCACUACGUUGAAGAGUUGUUUACACAGUAACUGUUAAAUAUCAAACAAACUGAUCUCGCACUAAUCAAAUCAGUUUUUCUGAAACCUUUUUUCAGCUUGUUGUUAGGUGAUUUAACCAGUAUGUGCCUAAACCUGCUUAUAUGUAACGUGUUGUAAAUAUCUCUGUUGUUUUCAAAGGACUUUUAUAAUCUGUACAGACUGUUUUUACCGAAAUUAGUGUUUACGUAUUUCAAAAGAUUUCUCUUGGAUAA